AUGGGUAGAAAUGAACGGUUCGGCAGUUGGUGGUGGUUCUACCUUGACGUCGAAAGUCGCCUAGGCCCUGCACUGCGCCCUCGGGUGGAGCGCUGUGGCCUGCGAGGCAGGGACCGCUGGGAGGAGGGGGUGCGGGGCCGGGAGGAGCAGGGCCGUCGGCCGCUUGGGCGCAGGAGGCGGACCGCUAGCCCCUCGGCGGUGGCGGCAGGGUCGGCGCCGGGAAGCCGCCUUCCGCCGGCCUGGUUCCUCGGCACUGCCCAGAUUGAGCAUCUAGGGAUCCCCCGUGGGUGUCGGGGUCCCUGUCCCCGGUCCCGCCCCAGCGCGCGCGGCUCCGGCUCUAGCGCACCGCGCGGCGCGCAGGCGGGGGCGCUGUGGGCCCGACGCCGGGACCUAGCGGCCGCCCCGCCUUCUCUCCGCGCCCGCCCCCCGCGCGCCGGGCCGCCGGGAAGCAGGAGGAGACGGCGCCGGGCCCCGCGCCGCUCGGUCCGCAGUCCUCAGCCGCAGAACGGAGCCGGCGCCACCGGAGCCUGA